CGCCUCGUGGCCUGUGUUUAUGGCGGCUCCGCGGCUGAGCUCAGGUCAGGAAACUGGACCCUGGACCUGAAACCCUUCGUUCAAACUCUCUCUGCUGAAAUGUCUGAGGAGGUUCUGGACGAACUGUCCGUUCUGUCUGCGGUUUUCUGCGGAAAGGACGAGUUUCAGGUGAUUGAGGAAUCAGCCGAGACAGGCCUCGUGUGCCGCAUCCACACGCUGGUACAGACAGACGAGAAGGAAACACCUCUAAACCUGACCUUUCACCUCCCUCCCGGGUACCCAGACGCUCCUCCAGACGUGAGCAUCAGUUCCAGCGAGCUGUCCAGGAAACAGUGCCAGGAGCUGAAGGAGAUGGUAGUGAAUAAAGCACGCAGUCUCCAGGCCAGGCCCAUGGUCCAUGAGCUGGUCAUGUGGCUUCAGCACAACUUCUCUGACCUCAUCGCAACAUCAGACGUCCUCCAGAGACAAAACACAGCAGACUGUGAAGCUGAGGGAGUCUGGACAGCACUGCUUCACUUGGAUCACAUGAGAUCCAAAGCUAAAUACAUCAAACUGAUUGAAAAGUGGACAGCAGAGCUGAGGCUCACUGGCCGACUCUUCGUGGGAAAGCCUAUUCUGAUUCUGCUGCAGGGAGAGAGGAGGAGCAUUAAGGAGUAUAUCCACCUCCAGAGGACAGUGAAAGUUGAUGUUGACUCAUCAGGGAAACGGUGCAAAGAGAAGAUGAUGAGUGUUUUAUGUGAAAUUCCUCUUUCUGAGGAUUUUGAAAGGAUAUCGACUUUUGAAGUUAAAGAAGCUUUAUCUUUAGAGGACCUCAGAAAGGAGUUUGAUGAAGUUGGAGCCUUGAAGCUCUACCAAGAGUUUGUUCCCUCGUUACAGUAAAUGGUUUCUUCAGUGUUA